GAUUUAGGCCGAUUGGGCUGUUUCGUGAUUUAUCUCCAUUUUACCUUGUCUCGCAGAGUCAUAACAGUUCCUUCCAAGGAUCACGGCCGAAUAGACUCCCCAGGGGCAUACUGACGGUCUUACUAUCGAUAUCUACUGUACGACAGUCCUUGGCAAGGAAUGCGCUCCUACUCUGGAUGUCUGACUUGUAGAUGUCGCAAAUUGAAAUGCGACGAGAUAAAGCCAGUUUGUGGGCAUUGUACCAAAGGCUCCCGAGACUGCAACUACACGGAGCGAUCCAUCUUUCGGAGCUUUGAGAUUCGUUCGCCCUCAAAGAGGAAAGCUUCCGACAUCUCCGACUCUCCGCACCGCCAGCUCUCCAUCUUCGAGGGCGAUCAUGUCUGGCUGGAUGUGCCAACACAGCUCACAUUUGUUCACAUUGAAGAUCCUUAUUCACAGGAGUCCUUGGAAAUCCCACAGGAAGAAAACGAGGUUUCUGCAACCACAGAGAAAAAUGGCAAUAUCCUGCACCACGGUUGCCACGAUGAUUUCGAUCAGCCUCUUGAAGUCGAAGAUGAUAUUAGAGAUGAUCUACCUCUGGAUGUUUCCAGCGAACCAUCAUCCCAUGGUGCCGAAGUAGCCGAGACGUCGGUUGAUCCUAGUAUCCUUGCACUGCACUUACUAAGACACUUCAAGGAAGGUCCAGGUCAAUGGAUGGACCUCUUCGACACCGGCGCAUACUUCUCCUCUAAAGUUCCCGUCAUCGCAGCCACUCGGCCGUUGGUAAAAUCAGCAGUUUGCGCUCUCGCCGCGAAACAUUUGCACAACAGCCAAAGAUCUCUAAAAUCGUUCAAUCGGAGAAAUAGCAUUCUACCUCUAUUCGAUCAAAAUGUCGACUGGCACUAUCAAGCAGCAACGUAUUAUGAUCAGGCCAUUGGCCACCUGAAAACAGCCGUCAAUUUGCAGACUUUUGACGAAGAUCCUAUCGACAAGGAAGAGAUAUUUGCAGCUGUAGCGAUCUUAUGCACCUAUGAGCUGAUGGAUGCCCCGGGAACAGCUUGGAGGGCACAUCUCAGUGCUCUGCCGCUUUUCAGCCCUGAGCAAGACUCUGCAUUGGCGCCGUCCUCGCCGGUUAUCAUCCCGAGAGCGGCUAUCAAAGGACCCAUCUUUUGGAGUCUUGCAAGGCAGGAUUUUCUGUGUGCCUUCAUCAGUGAAACUCAGACUCGUCUUGAUCUGAAAGACAUGCGGCUAUGGCAAAACGCAGGUCUCGCCGCUGACGAAUACGGCUUUCUACUGCCCUUCAGCCCCCAAUAUUCUGCUGAUGUGCGCACCUUGGCAGAUGUUGAAGAAGACACGAAGGCGAAUGAGUUGACCUGGCUGCUUGGGAAAAUUGCAAACUUCCUUACGUCUGGAGAUGCCUUGAAUCCCGAGGACUACGCGCUUCCUCCGGGCCAGAGGCCGGUCAUUGGAGUGACUCAAGAGCAAUUACUAGAGCGGUGGAAAAUGUUGAUCACCGAGCUGCAGAGUUGGCAUGCAAGCCUCCCGGCGACUUUCGGAGCAAGCGCUCGCACCAAAGCCUCAAGUCGCGCCCGACACCAGCAGCACGAUAUCAGCAGCAGCAUUUUCGACCAGAUUUGGUACGACCUACCUUUGUGCGCAGCGACAAUGCAGAGCUAUCACAUGGCCAGUAUUUUGUUACUUGUGAACCGGCCGCAGGAGUCGACUGCCAUUCGAUCCACCGUUUCCGCCCGUCUGAAGUCGUAUCGGCACAUCCAGAGCGGAGUUCUCCAUCACGCCAAGGAAAUCUGCGGCAUCAGCCUCGCAAACCCAACGGAUCCAGUGCGUAUCAACUCGCUGCAUUCGCUUUUUGUUGCUGGACAGGUUUUUUAUGAAGAUCCGGAGCAGAAUGCGGUGCUGGAGUUGCUCUCGGGGAUUGAGAGGGACCUGGGCUGGACAACGAGCUAUCACACAGCUAAAUUAAUUGAUGAGUGGACAAGGGGUCGGAAUGUAGGCCAUGAUGGACGAAGCUAUGAAGGGAAUUGGACACUUUGAGAGUGACUCUCCGUAGAAUGCGAAGACACCGUUAAACUUAG